UCUUUCAGGGGAUGAUGCGUUUGGUGCAAUGAUUCGCGACUUUGCAUUCCCGUCGCGUGUGGCACCCGAGUAGAGAAGUGGAGGUAGAUUUUAGUUGGUGUGAUUCCCGUGAUUUUUCAAGGUUUGAAUCGGGUGAACACCAUUCAUGUGCGUUACUUAUGAAACUGGGUGAGCGAUAGUAGGGGACAUAGUGCAUGGGGCAAGUUGUCAUGCCGUUGUUUCGCGACGUAAUGAGCGAUACGAAGUCGCGUAACGCUUCGAUGCGGUAGAAAUCGGUGACACGUUAUUCUGUUGCGUGAGAAAACCGUUUUUUAAGUCGCAACGCCGGCACUAUGGCCUGGCUCGGUACAAUCGCAAAUAACGUCCUGCGUAACAUCGUUUUCUCGGACACACCUCCGAAUGUCGUCCAAGAGGUCCGACCGGAGCAGUAUACUCAUCGACAUAUCCAUUCCCGCGAGGACGGGAUCGUACUUUAUGGACCUGGUGAAAAAUCUCAAAAAUAUGAAAUUGUAUUGCACAGACCUUGCACGGAAACUCUGCAUCAGGCGUAUAGCCUGUUUCGUUCGGAGAUUCCCGAAGAAGUUGAGACACGAUUCAUAAUAUACAAGGACAAAGUCCCUGUACUUGUACAAAUAGUACGCGAGAUGUGUAGCGUUGGAAAAAUUCAGAAACUAUGCGACACCUUGGUGGAACACCCAACGUGGACUCUGGCGCACUUAGCGGCCUACUUUGCACUCCACGACGCAUUUACGCACGCUAUUGUCAACAGCCAGCUUAACAGUGGUGACUUGGAGACCGGUAUCUCACCCUUACAAGUCGCCGUGCAGACCAACAAUCUGCGCACCGUCGAGUUGUUGAUAGCAGCAAAGAGUUCGCUGGAGCAUUUGGAUCACAACGCGAAUACAGUCUACCAUUACGCUGCCACAUCCACCAAGGAGAUCAUUCUUGCUUUGGGCUCGGGUCUUCCAAACAGUUUGAACAGUCGUAAUAGCAGCGGUCAUACUCCUAUUCACGUUGCGUGCCACAGCGACAAGCCCGAGUGCGUCAAGGCGCUCUUAUUGAUCGGUGCCGACGUGAACAUACCCGCUUCCGAGGGCCAACCUUCCAGUCCCGGUUACGUUGGCGAUUUCCUACACAGCCAACCAAACGUACUUCACCCCGAGGACAUGAAGUUCGGCGGCACGCCGUUGCACUGGUCGCGCAGCCGCGAGGUGAUCACGGCGCUGAUCGAGACCAACUGCGACAUCGAUGCGCUCAAUUUCAACGGACGCACCGCGCUGCACGUGAUGGCGAUGCGCAAACGGCUACCUUGCAUAGUCGCUCUGUUGAGCCACAUGGCGUCUGUAAAUAUUGUCGACAACGACGGUAACACGCCGCUACAUCUGGCCGUCGGGGCGGACACACCGGCGAUCGUGCAGGCGCUCAUCGGCUUCGGCGCCGAUAUCGACGCCCGAAACUGGAAAUCGGAAACGCCCGUGCACAAGGCGAACAUCGACACCACCGACGGCAACAAGAUAAUCUACAUAUUGCACGCGGUGGGCGCGCAGAGGUGUCCGGCCGAGAUGACGAGCUGUCACUUGGGCUGCAGACACGGCGAGAAUUACAGCGGCCUGUCGCCAUCGGAACCGCCGCAUUACAUGCCGCGCAACGUUCUCGAUCAGAUGCUCCACGUAUCCGGCAUGGAACAGAUGGCCGAAAGGAACAAACGAAUUAAAGGCGGCAAGCUGCUCUGCCUCGACGGCGGCGGUAUUCGCGGACUGGUUCUCAUACAGGCGCUGCUGGAAAUCGAGUCGGUUCUACAGCGGCCUGUGGUACACUGUUUCGAUUGGAUCGCUGGCACGUCGACCGGUGGUAUCCUGGCGCUCGGCCUCGCUGCUGGUAAGUCCCUACGAGAAUGUCAGGCACUUUACUUUCGCAUUAAGGAGGAUGCCUUUGUGGGCUCGCGACCCUACAACAGCGAGGGUUUGGAGAAGGAGUUGAAGAAGUGCCUCGGCAUGCACACCGUUAUGGCGGACGUUGUACGGCCAAAGAUCAUGAUCACGGGUGUACUGGCCGACCGGAAACCCGUGGAUCUUCAUUUAUUUCGUAAUUAUGAUGCAGCUAGCGUUCUGUUGAAACUACCGGAGAACACGAUGUUCAAGUCGACGUUGUCGCCAAAGGAACAACUACUCUGGAAGGCGGCGAGGGCGACUGGUGCAGCACCGUCGUACUUUCGAGCAUUCGGUAGAUUCUUGGAUGGCGGCCUGAUCGCCAACAAUCCCACUCUGGACGCCAUGACGGAGAUUCACGAGUAUAAUCUGGCGCUUAAAGCCGUUGAUCGCGAGAAAGAAGCGGUACCGUUGUCGCUGGUAGUUUCUCUUGGCACAGGAGUCGUACCGACCACAUGUACUUCGCAAGAAAUGGACAUUUUCCGUCCCGACAGUCUGAUAAGUACCGCUAAGCUUGCAUUUGGAAUUUCGGCGCUUGGCUCGCUGUUGGUUGAACAAGCGACAGCCAGCGACGGUCGGGUGGUCGAUCGCGCUCGCACUUGGUGUUCCAUGAUUGGCGUGCCAUAUUAUAGAUUCAAUCCGCAGCUAUCGACGGAGGUCGCCAUGGAUGAAAAGAAUGACGAAGUCUUGGUAAAUAUGAUCUGGUCCGCGAAAGCGUUCAUGCACGCGAAUCGAAAUCAAGUGAAAGAAUUAGCAGCUGUUAUUAAUCGUGAUCUCAACUCGGAGAACGAUAUUGCGGGACUAUAUUGCGCAUAGUUCCGCGUACAGUUGAUAUUAUUAUGUCGACAAUUUACCACUAGCUUAGCUACUUAAUUAAUUAUUUAAUUUAUUUCAUAUUUAGCAAUUUUCUGUCUGCAUGUAUUAGAAAAUCACUGCAACUUUUUGCUGAUGUCUCGACUGUGAAUGUGAUACUAGACCUAUGUCUACAUUAGGUACAAUAUCGUUUGCGAGACGCUUGCACAUGGUCACGUGCUCUCCUCUCCAAUUCAGUCAAAAUAAAAUUUUUUUCCUAAUCACUGAAUAACUAAGAAACUGAUGUGAUCUGAUGUAUAAUUAAAUAAUUUUUUUUAAUUUUAUUUAUAGAUCUAAUUGUAAUUUAUAGAUUUAAUUGCAAGUCCCAUGUUUCUAAUUCUAUUAUUUUUCUUUUGUGUUAUUUCCGCCAAAGAUUUCGAGGCGAGCGUUACAUAUUAAGAUGUAGAUCAAAGAAAGAUAUUUAGACAAUAGAUCUGAUUUAUUUAUUUAUAUUGUCACAGAGUUUACAGAGAAGAAUAAAUAAAAAAAAGAAU